AUAAAGAGUACUAGAAAGAUCAAUUUAAUGAUGGCAUCAUCGUCGUCAAAUUCACCGUGCGCGGCGUGCAAGUUUCUGCGGCGGAAGUGUCAGCCGGAGUGCGUGUUCGCGCCAUACUUUCCGCCGGAUCAGCCGCAGAAGUUUGCGAACGUGCACAAAGUGUUCGGAGCCAGCAACGUGACGAAGUUGCUGAACGAGCUGCACCCCCAUCAGCGUGAGGACGCCGUGAAUUCCCUUGCCUACGAGGCCGACAUGCGCCUCCGAGAUCCUGUCUACGGCUGCGUCGGCGUCAUCUCACUCCUCCAGCACCAACUUCGCCAGCUCCAGAUGGACCUCACCUGCGCCAAGUCCGAACUCUCCAAGUACCAAAGCCUUGGCCUUGUUACUGCUCACCACCACCAUCAGAAUGUUGGCAUCAAUCUCAUCGGUGGCGGCGGCGGAGGAGCUUCCGCUGCUCGGGACCACCACGGCCACUACCACCACCACCACGGUGGGGCCCACUACCAAUUCUUCCCGCGGGAUCAGGCUGCAGCAGCGGCGGCGGCACAGCAAAUGAUUAGGAGUACUUUUGAUGCCGCCACCGCAAACUACGACGCGGCCAGCGGGCUUUUCUCUGCGGCAGCAAGCAUUGGGCAGCUCAGUCAGUUUCAGCAAUCGAGGGCGGCUGCUGGGGACGACCGCCGGACUACCAUUGAUCCUUCUUAGGGCCUAAUUUCUUUUCAUCACACCAUAAAUAUAGGGGUUUCAGGCACAUUCACUGUUUGAUCUGCAGGGGAAAGCGACUCUCUGAUUCAGAAAUAUUAACAGAGAGAGACAGAAGCUCUGCUGGCGAGAAAGAGAGAGUAGUCAUGUGGUGUAUGUGUGUGUGCGAAGAGCGAUCGAGAGAAAUAUUGGUAUUUAAUCUUAGGUUCUGUCUUAUGAUGAUCUAAUACGUGAUGAUGAGUUUCAUUGACAAUUUUGUUAUAUCCACAUUAAUA